GCAGCGCAAGGAAGAGCGAGAGGCAGCCUGCGCGCUGGAAUUUGGCAAGAGAUUCGCAUGCAUCAAAACUCUUCUGAUGGCAAUAUGGAUUGACAAAGUGCCUACUGAGAUAUAACAGAGGAGGAAACGGCCACACAGGAGUGUGCCUGGCUGUGUGUGGAUUUCCACCACUCCUGUUACUCUAGCGUCAACACACACACAAACAUUCUACCACAAUGUCACGGAGGGAACGGCCAUGGUCAGUGUACAGGGCGAAUACAUUAGAGCUUUCUUCAGAGAUGCUUGGACUAGCAUUGGAAGGAAACAGUCAAGAUCCAGAUGAGCCAGUACUAGAGUUCAGUCUUGUCUGCAGUGAGCUGACCACACCAUCUCUGGACCGAAAACCCAACUGUUUUGUUGCUGUGAGCUGUACCACACCUCCUCAGGCUUUCUGGACCAAGCAUGCACAGACAGAGAUCAUUGAGGGCACAAAUAGUCCCAUGUUCCUCAGCAGUGUGGCUUUCUUCCAAGACUCCUACAUUAACCAGCACACACAGGUCAAGCUCUCCGUGUACGAUGUAAAAGAUCGCUCACAAGGAACGAUGUACCUUCUUGGCUCAGCGAUGUUCCCAGUAAAGGAUCUUCUGCUGGAAAAGAACCACAGACUUAACUUGCCUCUCAGGUCAGCAGAAAACAAGCAUGUGGGUAGUAUUACAGUCAUUGCCUGGCAGCUAGAGGAGAAGAGAGAUCAGCAUACACCGAUCAAACAUCUGCAAGACACCAUCAAUGGCAGGACAGUCCUCCCCGUGGAUGAGAGUCUGACAGAAUCUGUGGGAGUCCGAGUGAAAUACGCCUCUCUGUGGAAAGACUCCUUUCUACGAUCCGUGUUUGGUGGCACCAUGUCACGCAUGUACCGUUUUCCAACCACUGAUGGGAAUCAUUUACGAAUCCUGGAACAGAUGGCUGAGAGCGUCCUGUCACUUAACAUACCACGACAGUUUGUCAAACUCUUACUGGAAGAGGAUUCCUCCAGAGUAUGUGAGCUGGAGGAGUUGGGGGAAUUAUCUCCAUGUUGGGAGAAUCUCCGGCGGCAAAUCGUAACGCAGUACCAGAGCAUCCUUCUGACCUAUCAGGAGACAAUCACAGACUUGCAGGACUACAAAGGUCCUUCAUUUAAAGCCAGUAAUUUGAAAGCAGAAAGGAAGUUGGAAUUUAUGCCCACCAACCUCCAUGUGCAAAGAAUGAGGGUUCAGGAUGAGUCUGGCUGUGAUCACACGUAUGAUUUGGUGACGAUUGGGGCCCCUGCAGCUCACUGCCAGGGCUUCAAAAAUGGUGGUUUGCGCAAACUCCUACAGAAAUUUGAGGAAGCAAAGAAAGUCAUUUAUGAAGAGGAAUGCAGUGCUCUGUCCAGCUCCCAGUCCAUCGUCUACAUCCCUCAGGAUAUUGUCCGUGCCAAAGAGAUCAUUUCCCAUAUCAACACACUCAAGACUCAGGUCAGCUACUACGCUGAGCGCCUGUCUCGCUCCGCUAAAGAACGCUCCGCUAACGGCAUGGAGAGAACCCUCGCCAUCUUAGCAGAUAAGACACGACAGCUGGUGAUGGUGUGUGACUGUAAACUGCUGGCGUCUGCAGUGCAGGCUCUGAACGCGGCUAGACCCGAGUACAUAGCCUCUAAAAACUCACCCUCUGCUGACUCAGAGCAGGUGGUGCUGAGGAACGAUCAGGACACACUGCUGGCCAAAUGGAGCGGCAGGAACAGUCGUUCAUCCCUCCACGUUGACUGGCACGAGGAAGAGUGGGAAAAGGUGUGGGGGAAUGUUGACAAAAGUCUGGAGUGUAUAAUCCAGCGAGUGGACAAACUGCUGCAGAGGGAGCGUUUGAACAGCAGCAGCAGUGAGGACAUGUUCCAGGCUGACCAGCAGGGCGGCACCAGUAAGAAAGGUAAUAGGAAAACGAAAGCCUUCUGGAUCAAUCCUGUCUGCAUGGAAGAGUCUUCCUCAGCCCCUGAACCACAACAGCAGUCACCUUCACCAUCAUCAUCAUCACCACCUUCAUCCUCAGCACCCGAUCUGAACACUGCAUGCCCCGUUAAUGCAGAAAUGCAUUCCCAUGGCAGCAGCAGCAGCGGAGAGGAGAGUUACCCAGGGGAGUGGAGCGAGGCCCUGUAUCCCCUCUUGACGACCCUAACGGAGUGUGUGGCCAUGAUGAGUGACAAAGCCAAGAAGUCAAUGGUUUUCUUGCUCAUGCAAGACAGCGCACCCACCAUUGCGAUGGACCUCAACCUGCAGUACCGCCGAGAUGUGGUCUUCUGCCAGACACUCACAGCACUAAUUUGUGGCUUCAUCAUCAAACUGAGGAACUGUCUCCGUGACGACGGUUUCCUGAGACAGCUUUACACCAUCGGUCUGCUCGCUCAGUUCGAGUGUCUAUUAAGUACUUAUGGAGAGGAGUUGGCCAUGUUAGAGGACAUGAGCAUAGGAAUAAUGGACCUUCGGAACGUUACGUUCAAGGUGACGCAGGCCAUCUCUUCCGCUUCCCCCGACAUGCUGCCGGUGAUCACGGGAAAUCGAGACGGGUUCAACGUUCGCAUCCCACUGCCAGGUAGCAUGUUUGAUGCAUUGCCAAGGGAGAUCCAGAACGGCAUGCUGCUGCGGGUACAGCCGGUGCUGUUCAACGUGGGCAUCAACGAGCAGCAAACGCUCGCAGAGAAAUUUGGAGACACAUCACUUCAGGAGUUCAUCAACGGGGAGAGCCUGGCGCGUCUUGACUCGUACUACCAGCAGUUCAAGGAGGUUUUACCAGAGGACUGUCUUCCGCACUCUCGUAGUCAGACGUGUGUCCCAGAGCUGUUGCGGUUCCUUGGUCAAAAUGUUCAUGCUAGGAAAAAUAAAAAUGUAGACAUCUUGUGGCAGGCUGCAGAGAUUUGUCGGCGACUGAAUGGCGUGCGCUUUACCAGCUGUAAAAGUGCAAAGGAUCGCACUGCUAUGUCAGUGACUCUGGAGCAGUGUCUGAUCCUGCAGCACGAGCACGGCAUGGCCCCGCAGGUCUUCACCCAGGCCCUCGACUGCAUGCGCAGUGAGGGCUGCCGCCGUGAGAACACCACGAAGAACAUUGGAUGUCGCAAGUAUGCCUUUAACUGUCUACAGCUGAAGGCCUUCCCUAAGUAUUACAGACCUCCCGAUGGCACUUUCGGAAAAGUGGAGACUUAACGGAAUGGCUCUUGUUUGGGUGUAAUACCGAAGGAUUAUUAAUUACAGUAUGAGGUUACACAAGUCCUGAACAUUAGAAAUUCAAGCUAAGCUACAGUAAAUGUGCUCCACGCAAGCGCUAGUUCAAUUUCUUCACACGCAUUUACAUAUCAAGCAUGAACUUGAAGUGGAAAUGUUGACUGCACUGGGUAGAUGCAGUAGAUACAGACUACAUAUCUGCUCAGUUCUUUCAUAAGCUCAAUGUCACCAAACACAUAUGUAUUACAUGUAAUGUUGUAUUUUAUCAUAUUGGUCCUCUGUAGUGCACAAUGGAGGCUUUAGUCCUGUAUGCUGUAUUUCAUACGGUAGCCUUAAGUGACUGUCUAUCGCAAACUGUUGUGUGUUUAGUACGUUAAGCUACACCUGCUGCUGCUGCAGCAUAAUAGAUGUCAGUCUCAUGGCUUAGUCACAUUACUCUUCUUGCCUUGUUUUCAUAUGUUUAGGCUCCACCAUUUUCAAGUGUCAUUUUCCUUUCCUCCCAUUGACCAUUGGAGGAACUUUCAGGAAAUAAACCAGGUUAGAGUUGGUCAUUUUUAAACCUCAUACAUUUAUCCAAGCUGAUCAUGCACAGUCCAUCCUCUCAGUUGCUUCAACUCUGAGGUUGUUCUUCAAGAAAACAAUGUCAUAUUCAAUAAAAGAAAUUAACUGGCAAGUUUCUUCAAUGCACCAACGUAGAAAAUGAUAACGGCAUAAAAGUGAGAUCAGUGCAUCACUGUGUUCAGCUGGCAGCAACGACUCUGACAACUUUAUGACAUCUUUCUAAUAGAUGAUGCUCUCGUUUUGUGCUGCAUUUCUUUUUAACAAGAGGUACAUUCAUAAAUUGAUUUUCGAUACAUUGAGAGAGUACAGUGCUAAGCACUCAUGAAAUUGAAAUGUGAAUCUGUUGCAGUCAUGCAAAUGAUUUGUUGAAGGUUAUUCUUCUGUCAUGUGCAUAUCACUGUUGUUUUUGAUUCUGUUUUUGACACUGAUGUUGAUUCAAUUAUUGUAUGCUUAUACGUUAUUUAAGAGCUCAGAUUUUUGGAUUGAUGUUGAUUUGUAUUUAUUUCUUUUUAUGGUAAUGACCUUGUGUCUUUUAUGAUGCCCUCUUAGAUAUAUUAUGUCUGUCUAGAACAGAGUUCUGCUGUAUUAAAAUGCUGUCAUCAAUAUCUGAUGCCAUUAAAGAGAGAAUAUAAGACCAUUCA